AUGUCAAAUAAAAAUUCAUCAAAUCCGGCAUUUUCAGACACACUUCCAAAUUCAAAUUCAAGUUCAAAUUCUUCAAAUAUUAUCAAUUCAACAAGAAUAUACGGCCACAACAUUCAAUUCUUCACUUCAUCCAGAAUUCUAUAUUUAGAAAGUAAUUACAAUGUGAAAAUAAAAAAUAGCGAAUGUUCGCCUCCAAUGAUUCAGUACACGGGAAAAGACGCACCAGGAUUUUCAUGUUUGCCAAAUGGUUGUUGUCUACCAUGUCCAUUUGCUAACACGCUUUACCCUGAAAAUUUGAUCGAUUCGAUUUACUUGAUUCUAAGUUUUGUUAGGGUCAUUUCGUUCACGUGUAUUUUCGCUUUGGUUAUAAGUUAUUUAGUAUUGCCUAAUAAGCGAGAACAUCCGGCCAUGACUGUAUUAUUAUUUAAUGCAAGUCUUUUAUUAUUUAUCAGUGUAACCUUUUUUUAUAUUGGAGAUCAUAAAAAAGUACAAUGUUAUAAUGAAAUAACACAAUCGGAUAUAACAAAUAAUCCAUUUUAUUGUGGAGUGCAAGUGGCAGUAUCUUUUACAGUAUUGCCCGGUAUAACCGGAGAGAUUAAUUAUGAAUUUGGUGCUUCACAUUGGUCAUUAAAUAAACCAGGACCAACUAUGACAGAUUCCACAGAUUCUGACAUCACAGCUACAACAUCUACAAUGAAACCUAACAUUAAUUUCAAAACAAGUCAUGAAGUUGUUAGAAUACUAAAAAUACAAUGGCGUGCUCUUUUGUUGGCCAUUUUACUCUUAAUUACUUUUUUGGUUUAUUGGACAUACGAAAUAGUUGAACUUCCAAAACUAAAAAGAUUAUACGAUGACGCAAAACCAGAAUGGGUGUCUGAAUGGUUAGCAUGUAUAUUAGAAGGGAAUGGGCAAAACAUGUGUUCUAAAAUAUCAGUACCACAUAUACCAAGGGUUACUCUUAUGAUAAUAUCAGAAUCAUUUACUGCAACAUUGGGAAUAUCUGUUUUUUUGGUGUUUGGCACUAGUAUAAAUUUAUGGGCAGAGUGGAAGGUUUAUUUUAUAAAUAGGUUUGGGGAAUUGUCAGUUGAUAAUAAUAUACCCAACGCUUAUAAAUAG